AUGAACUUGAAAAAAUAUGAAAUUCUUCUUUUUAUUUGCAUACUACACGAAUUAUCUGAAUGCAUGAACGAGGAUAAUUUUGGAAAUACAAGUAAACACGAAGGAAAACUUUCUAAACGUAUGGGAUUUUUAAAAGCUAAAAGUUUUGAGGAAAGGAAAAAGCUUAAGAAGGCUUGUCAGGAGCUAUUAAACAUUCGAAAUGAAGGCCUUAACAAAGGUACCGUUAUAGAAGGUAAGAAAAAGCGAACGUUUCAUUACCAAUUUAAUCCUGGAGAGGAUCUUACAUUUGAUCAAUUAUUUCCUGAUGAGAAAGAUGGACAGUACCUUCUUGAAGAGCAAAAAAAGCGAACGACUCUUGAUCAAUUAAAACUUGGAACGGAUACUCCAUUCGAGACAUUAUUUCUCGAUGAAAAGCAUGGGCAGCAUUUUCUUGAAGGCUACGAUCGCAAACAAGCAAAUGAUCAAAAAUCUAAAAAUAAAGAAUAG